AUGGAAGCCCUACAGAGCAACGACCCAGCUUUCCUAGAAACGUGCCAUCGGUGGUUACUGUUCCACUACCAUUGCAACGACUGUGGACAGUCCAAGGACACCUGCGAGUACGGCAAGGUUUGCUCGUACGGCAAAUCAACAUUCAUGCACGUCCAAGGAUGUGCGCGGAACGAAUGUGCCUUUCCCCGGUGUGACUUGAUCAAGGCCAUCCUUCGUCACCACCAGGCUUGCAAGGACGAGACCUGCCAACUGUGCUCACCGGUUUACAAGUACCAAGCACGCAGUAAGGGGCCCAAGCCACAGCCGCAUUCGCCGUUCAUGGGUGAGGCGCCUUCACCAGUAUCCACAGCGAAGCUGCCGCAGCCGCAGCAAUCAAUGCCGGUGCAGAUACCAGAGACGCCGCACCACGCGGGCAUGCUGUUCGAGGCUCGUCACCGGGAGCAGUGCCAGCUUUCCAGCAGCUUGCGUCGGAGCUCAUGGACGCCCGACGCUACGGCAAGCGAAUCCGGCGGUGGCUGCACCCUGGCGAAUGCGCCUUCCGGGUCGCUGGAGGCUGCUGCAGGGCUCCAGCGGCUGCACCUCGAGAAGCUUCCACAGCAGCAGCAGCAGCAGCAGUGCACGGCCAGCAGUAGCCGUGUCUCGCCGCCACCGCAGCCCUCUUCCCCGCAGCCCACCGCUACGUCCUUGCAGCACACUGCAAGCAGCAACAACUGCCUUGAUAUGGCCAGCAGCCGGUCCGAUCUCUCAACGCCGGUGCCAGCUGGUUCAGGGCUAUUCAUGACUCCUGCCGCUGUGGCCGGUGUUCCGACCGCCGUGGCGCCCAGCAGCGGUCUGGUAGCAACGGACAACGGUGCUGGCCCGGGGGCAGCCGCGCUCUGGGGAACGUUCCAGCUAUCAGGUCUGCCACCGCCCCAAGUGGUGCAGGCGCAUCAGCAGCUGCAGCAGCUUCAAGGGCAUUUCCCAGCGGGGAACUACGGCAACACGGCUACGUCCGUGCUGUUACCGCCACAGCUGACUGGCGCUUCGUGA